UUUGUCGAAAAACAAAAGAUCUAUUAUUAGAUGUGCUUCUAGUGCUCUUGUUCUUAGAUCUAUUUCCUUUCUAUAAAUUUGCAGUUGAUUUGCCCUUAUAGGCAUUGUAUUAUCUCACAACAAAUACAUUUUUUUUUCAGUGCUAGCGCUCUUCACUAUAACUUAUCAAAGUUAAUUAAGAAAACAUGGCUUCAACCCAACAAGUCCCAUCAUCGGUGCUAAGCAACAAGGAAAUAGCUGCAAUAGAGGAGCUGAUGGCAAAAGCAAAGGGUAAAAUAGCUUCGGAAGGAAAGGUUGAGGCUGAGGAGCAAUCGCUUACUCAAGGUUUUCUUGUAAACCGUACUAAGAACAAUGUAACCUUGCAAAAGGUUGGUGAGUAUAACUGGUCUGGAAAGCCGGUGACGUCCUACCCCGAGUUCAUUCCAGUUCAGGAUGAAGAAGUCCGGUUCGAGCACCAAGGACCGCUUCCAGAAGGAUCUGUAGGGGGAAUUGUUUAUGCUGAUGGUACUGAGUCCACUUCAAGGAAAUGGCUUGUGGCUUUUGACACUCCAAAAAAGAAGGCUUACGUAGAAGCUGGGCCAGCGGGACCAGUUGACUGGAACGUUAUCAAAGUCAAACUUGACGCAUCUGGAUAUAGAAGCGAAUACGAGGACCCAGUUUUGGGAGGGAAGAUAUAUGCUCUAAACUAUGGUUUUGCCCUAGUUGCAUAUUUCUCGAAUUAGCUUAUUAUGUUAUGGUUAUUAAUCAAAUGGCUUGCUAAAUGAGGUUCCUGCUGCUUGUGUUAUGCAAGUGCAUACGCAUUUCACAAUAAUAAGCCACUAGUUGUUUAUAUUAAUAAAAUAAAGAUCUCUCUUGUAAUGCAAGCAUGUUUGUGCUAUAUAUGACUAAAUCUUUAUAUUUUGUGA